CCCCUCCCGGCCCCCCCAGAGCACCAGCAGCCAUUUCAUCUCCACCACCAAGUAGGCGCAAAAAAUGGCAGAAAUGGAGAAAGAAGGGAGACCUCCCGAAAAUAAAAGGAGCAGGAAGCCGGCUCACCCGGUGAAGCGGGAGAUCAACGAGGAGAUGAAGAACUUUGCAGAGAACACUAUGAAUGAGCUCCUUGGCUGGUAUGGUUAUGAUAAGGUUGAAUUGAAAGAUGGAGAAGAUAUUGAAUUCAGGAACUACUCGGCAGACGGGGAAAGCCGCCAGCACAUUUCUGUUCUCAAAGAAAAUUCUUUGCCAAAACCAAAAUUACCUGAGGACAGUGUUAUUUCACCGUACAAUAUAAACCCAAGCUACCCAGGGCUUGCCACAGGAAAUGGACUUUCAGACUCACCAGCAGGGUCAAAGGAUCACGGGAAUGUACCUAUUAUUGUCCCAUUAAUUCCACCACCUUUCAUAAAGCCACCAGCAGGCGAUGCACAGAGUAUAUCGGCCGCUCUAAGCACCCCGAACAAGAACCGGCUACCUACCGUGCUGCGCUGCGAGGGCAGGUCACUGUCGAGGGACGCAGUGGAAGGGGAGACAGAGGGGAUGACCCAGUGCAGUUGA